AUGUCGGCAUCGUCAUCUCAAUUUCAACAACUAGAAAAGCUAGGGGAAGGUACAUAUGCUACGGUCUAUAAAGGUAGAAACCGUCAGUUGGGCACCUUGGUUGCCCUUAAGGAAAUCAACUUGGAUUCAGAGGAGGGAACACCAUCCACCGCUAUCAGAGAAAUAUCUAUCAUGAAGGAAUUAAGACACGAGAAUAUUGUUACCUUAUACGAUGUAAUACACACUGAAAACAAACUUACCCUAGUGUUUGAACAUAUGGAUAAAGACCUAAAAAAAUACAUGGAUGCAUAUGGGAACAGAAAUGGCUCGCUUCCAGCUCCAGUGGUGAAAUCUUUCAUGUUUCAGCUUUUGAAGGGUAUUGCCUUCUGUCAUGAUAACAGAGUGUUGCACAGAGAUUUGAAGCCACAAAACUUGCUAAUCAACAACAAGGGCCAGUUGAAACUAGGAGACUUUGGAUUGGCACGAGCCUUUGGAAUUCCAGUGAACACCUUUUCAAAUGAAGUUGUCACUUUGUGGUACAGGGCACCUGAUGUUCUACUUGGAUCUAGGAAUUAUACCACUUCCAUUGAUAUGUGGUCUGCAGGCUGCAUUCUUGCCGAGAUGUUUUCAGGAAAGCCUCUUUUUACGGGUUCCUCAAACGAGGACCAACUUAAAAAGAUAUUCAGAAUCAUGGGUACGCCUAAUGAAAGAACCUGGCCUGGUGUGUCGAGCUAUCCAAACUACAAACCGGAUUUCAGUGUAUUUAUACCUCAAGAUUUGCGCAUUUUAAUACCUAGUAUCGAGCCUGGUGCUCUUGAUCUGGUUCAAAGACUGUUACAAAUGAGACCCGAGAUGCGAAUCAGUGCUAGACAGGCUUUAAACCAUGAAUGGUUAGAAGAAUACACGCGUGAGGGAAAAUCACCACUUGCUGUGUUUCAACAAAUUCACAAUGGCGAACAAUUACAACAGCAAUCACAGCAGCAGCAGCAGCAACAGCAGCAACAGCAAAUUCCAAUGCAAACUCAGAAUCAGCCUAAUCUACAGUAUGGAUAUCAGAUGCAGAAUUGA